UUAAAUAUUAUAUACACGGCACAUUGCUCUUUACAAGUUUUUCCACAUACCUUGUCGUCUGGAAGACUAAUAAAAUGUUUCCAAAAGCCAAAAUCUACUCCAUGGUGUGGGUCAUCAUUAGUCUUGUGGCCCUUGUAGGACUCGAGCAGUCGUCAGGUAUGUAUCACCACAAGGUAUACACAAAGUAUACACUCAUUUUACAUUUUCAAAGUAAUAUAUCAAUGUCUCUUUAUAUUAUGUAGCAGCAGGGUAGAAUGUAAUAACACUUCUUUAAAGUAUACAUUAGUACCAUCGAAAGAAUAUCUGCCUGAUUAACUCCCUUACAGCCAACCCCAAGUCAACUAUUCCGCCGACUAGCGCAACACUUUAUUUUUUCAUAAUAUUCUGUUAGUUUCGAAGUACGUUCAACUAAAUUUAAAGAAUUCAAAAGACUAAUCCAACACAGCAGAAAUAGAUUUAUAAUAUAUUAUUGAUAUAUUUUUGUAGAAACGCAACUGGAUAAGGGAAGGUUUAAAAUUAAUAAUCAACAACCCUGCAAUGACAGUUUACAAAGUUAUUUCACUCUUAUUCUCGCAUCCACAGCUGUAGAGAUCCUAGACUGCAAUCCUGGGUCGCCCCUGGUGGUGGAAGAAGCCUUCACCAAUGUUCAGAUCAUCUGCAUCAGCAUCCAGAUGGGCUUCGAGGUCCUGUGGCACUUCAACGUGACGCAAGAGAACCAGUCGACACGACUGAGGGCAGUUCAUUGUCUCAGGAAUGUCCUGUGCAUCGGACAACUACCUUUCACUAGUAUAUACAGACUGCCACAUACAACUGCACUGAACGUGACGGAAUACAUCAAAUAUUUUAAUUUGACUGCAGUCACCUGCACUGAGCGCCAUCCGUACACUGGGAAGGAGAACAGCUACAGCUGCAGUGUACAAAUUAUAAGAGCUCCAGAAAUAUCUUGCACAGUUCACUUUUCAACUGAUACUGUACCAGGAGAAGGACACUGUGAUGUACAUAAUAUCUACUUCAUAGAGAGACCAUACACAUGCAUCUGGUAUCAAUUAAAUAUGAAAAGUGGAGAAAAGACAAAAAUUGCCCAUAUUCAUGUAACUAAUUAUGUAGAUCAUGGAUACCACGUCAGCGGGACGUGCACCGCCAUAAUCUCUCAGCCCACCAGUGGACAGUUUACUUAUGAGAUACUUCUCUUGCCGGAGGGUCUACGUGUUAAGGCCGCUACGUAA